AUGCGUUUUACAACUUGUAUUAGGUUUAGAAAUGCGACUUUCAGACUUCCACGAGUAAACGCGUUCCUCUUCUCAAAUAAACAGUGUUGUAGACUGUUCUUCUUCUCCGAUCGAAUAUCACACAGAGCUACCGUCUCACGAAUCAGCGCCUCCACCUCACCUUUUCUCCGAUCGAUUCUUUGCUCAGUACUUAACAACUCGCGCGAGGAAUACGCAAGAAAUCUAGAAAGCCUUGAUGUGGAAUCCAGUGUUAAUGAUGAUGAAGAAGGUGUGGUUGUUGAUGAAGCCUCAGGAAGAACCGAUGAUGGUGGUGAUGGAGGUUCCAAGAAGAUGAAGGUGGUGAUGGUGAAGGUGCGUAAGAGAGAGUUACAGUUACAGAGGGAAGAUCCGAGUCAUUGGAUUAAGACCAGUUUGUUAGGAAAUCGAUGGAAUCAAUUUCUUUUGACUGAUUCUUUGAAUUGA